CACAGAUCUCAUAUCGCCGCAAAGCAAAAGCAAGAUGAAGUUCAUCUCCGUUCUCGCUCUCCCCGGCCUGGCCUACGCCGCUGUGCAAGGCUUCGAUAUCUCCCACUAUCAGGAAACUGUCGACUACCAGGGUGCCUACGACUCUGGAGCGCGCUUCGUCAUGAUCAAGGCUACCGAGGGAACAAGCUACACUGAUCCCAAGUUCAGCACGCACUACUCGGGCGCCACGUCCGCAGGUCUAAUCCGCGGCGGAUACCACUUCGCGCAACCAGGCUCGUCCUCCGGAGCCGACCAGGCAUCUUACUUCAUCGAGCACGGCGGUGGAUGGUCCGGCGACGGACAAACGCUCCCUGGCAUGCUGGACCUUGAAGCCGGCUGUUACGGCCUUUCAACUUCGGCCAUGUCCUCCUGGAUCAAGGAUUUCGGCGAGACUUACAAGGCCGCCACGGGCCGGUACCCCAUGAUCUACACGACUACUAGCUGGUGGCAGGAGUGCACGGGCAAUGACAGCGGUUUCGGCGAGUACCCGCUUGUUGUGGCGCGCUGGGGAAGCAGUGUUGGUACUCUGCCAGCGAGCUGGAGUACUCAUUCCUUCUGGCAGAAUGCUGACACUUAUGAGUUUGGCGGGGACUCAGAGGUCUGGAAUGGCAGUGAGGACAGCUUGAAGACUUUUGCUUCAAAAUGAGGAAUUUCUUCAGGUGUGGAUACAUACUUGUCAAAUUAGUUCUAGUAUAGCAUCGGCAGCACGUCAUUCCAUACCCCAAUUUGGAGUAACGUUACCUGAUGCGGGGUUCCAAUGCUUAUAAAGCUCACUCUC